CUCUUUUUCGUGCAUCGAAAUCUCAAACACAAACAAAAAAAAACUCGAAAACGAAAAAAAACAAUGGCGAGCUCCGAUGCUCUCUUGCCAAUCUCCGCCAGAGAAGAGGACCCAUUAUUAUCCGCCGGGUCAAGAUCCGACCCUAACGCGGAAACCCAUCGCCGUAGAAGGCCCGUUAAAGGUCUCCUCGCCGUCUCAUUUGGGCUUUUGUUUAUCGCCUUUUACGUCGUUCUCAUCGCCACACACGACGGAUCUAGUAGAUCCAACGACGUUAAAAUCGAAAGCGAUGAAACAGCGACGACAACGUCACGUGCACGUCUCGCCGGGGUGUCGGAGAAAAGCAAUGGUCAGUUGUGGAAGCUUUCCGGUGAGCGAAAUACGGUGUCGUUCGCUUGGAACAACAGUGUGUUGUCAUGGCAACGAACGGCCUUUCAUUUUCAGCCUGAACAGAAUUGGAUGAACGAUCCUAAUGGUCCAUUGUUCUACAAAGGAUGGUACCAUUUCUUCUACCAGUAUAAUCCAAACGCAGCCGUAUGGGGUGAUAUUGUCUGGGGUCAUGCCGUGUCUAAGGACCUAAUCCAUUGGGUCCAUUUGCCCAUAGCCAUGGUAGCUGACCAAUGGUAUGAUGCCAAUGGUGUCUGGACAGGCUCAGCCACAUUCCUCGAUGAUGGCUCUCUCGUCAUGUUGUACACUGGUUCCACCGACAAAUCCGUUCAGGUCCAAAAUCUUGCAUACCCUGAGGACCUCAACGACCCACUCCUAUUGAAAUGGGUCAAGUACUCAGGCAAUCCGGUUCUAGUACCUCCUCCUGGCAUUCUCCCCAAGGACUUCCGUGACCCAACGACUGCAUGGAAGACAUCAGAUGGAAAAUGGCGGAUCACAAUCGGUUCCAAGAUCAACAAAACCGGAAUCUCACUAGUGUACGACACAAUCGACUUCAAGACUUACGAGAAACACGACACAUUGUUGCACAAGGUUCCAAACACCGGGAUGUGGGAGUGUGUUGACUUUUAUCCAGUGUCUAAGACCGCGGUCAAUGGGCUCGACACAUCGGUCAACGGACCAAAUGUGAAGCAUAUCGUGAAGGCUAGCAUGGACGACACCAGGUUUGAUCAUUAUGCCGUGGGGACGUACUUUGAUUCGAACGGAACAUGGAUCCCGGAUGAUCCUACUAUCGAUGUUGGGAUGAGUGCUAGUUUGAGAUAUGAUUACGGAAAGUUCUAUGCUUCAAAGACGUUUUAUGACCAGAACAAGGGUCGGAGAAUCUUGUGGAGUUGGAUUGGUGAAUCUGAUAGUGAAGCUGCUGAUGUACAAAAGGGCUGGUCUUCUCUUCAGGGUAUUCCAAGAACCGUUGUUCUCGACACAAAGACAGGAAAGAACCUGGUCCAAUGGCCAGUUGAAGAAAUAAAAUCUCUUAGAUUAAGCAGCAAGCAAUUUGAUAUGGAAGUCGGUCCCGGUUCAGUGGUACCGGUCGAUGUGGAUUCCGCAGCUCAGCUAGACAUAGAAGCGGAGUUCGAGAUCAAUAAAGAGUCUCUUGACAAAAUCCUUGGAGAUGCUUCGGUGCUGGCUGAGGCUGAGGAGUUUAGCUGCCAGAAGAGCGGAGGCGCCAGUGUCCGUGGUGCUUUAGGACCGUUCGGAUUCUCGGUUCUUGCCGACAAGAGCUUGUCGGAACAAACUCCGGUUUACUUCUAUGUGGCUAAGGGAAAAGAUUCUAAGCUCAAAACUUUCUUCUGCACAGACACUUCAAGGUCAACUUUUGCCAACGAUGUCGUUAAACCGAUUUAUGGUAGUUCUGUACCGGUUCUUAAAGGGGAGAAAUUGACCAUGAGAAUAUUGGUUGAUCAUUCGAUAGUGGAAGGAUUCGCACAAGCUGGAAGAACAUGUAUAUCGUCAAGGGUAUAUCCAACAAAAGCCAUCUACGGAGCAGCUAAGCUUUUUGUAUUCAACAAUGCCAUUGAUGCGACUAUUACGGCGUCGUUCAAAGUCUGGCAAAUGAACAGUGCUUUUAUUCACCCUUACUCUGAGGAAGCUGUCCGUGCUCUCUCCAGCACCUGAUUAUAUACCCAUUACCUCCAGCAAUUUAUUUCGAUUUUGUAGAUUUUACUUGUAAUAAAUAUUGUUUUAUCCGUUCUUUUACCAUUUUAGCCAUUGUUUAAUUAUAUUCGAGUUUCAUAUUUGAUUUCAUCAUACUUUUUUUUUUUGCGCGACGUUUUAUAUUAAAACUAGUAGUUACGCGGUGAUUAAUUCAUUGUUCUAAAAUGUUUUGAUUU